AUGCGGAUCUUGGCACAGUCCGAGCUGAUGAAAAACCAAAAGCAUGCCGUGGUCAUGGGGCCACAGCAUGACUUCCAAGUUCUCCAGACCUUGGAAGGAGAUGCACUAUUUUUCUCUAUUGGAGACAACGGUGUCUUCUACAUGACACGCGAGGCACGCGCAUCAGAAAGUGGCUGGAACCGAAUCAACCUUUGCCACACGAUUCCGAAAGGACACAGCAACGCAGCCACAGGCAGUGCAAAGGCGUUUGCUAUUUCCCAAAACCCACAGAACCUCGCCGUUGAUGUGGCUCUCGUGCUGACGCAAGGUGGUAGCGAUUCGUUAUAUAUAUCAAAGAACAAUCCUACCACCACUGACCACUGGAGGGAAAGGGUCUCCUGGAUACCCAUCCCCUUCGACUCUACCUCUAUUCCGGUACCCCCGUCGCUCCAGAUAGUAGAUCUGUACAUGAUGACCAUGCCAUCAGAGGCUGGACCCGGCACCCUGACUUGUUUUGUGGAUAUUCUGCGCGCACACAGCGACGGCUUUCAGCUUUUGGACCGCUACAACAUUGAGCCUGAUUUGACUGUUAAGUGGGUAAAGCACACACUGCCUAAUAAUGUCGAAGCAGGCUCCAUAUCAAGCUGCUUGGGACGCCGCCCGGAGGAUCCAGUGAGCGGAAUAUAUACGUUUGGAAAGAUUGGAGGUUCAACCAGUCUUAUCUUCACGCCGGCGAAGAAUGUCUGGUCCGCUCAUUCACCCCCAAAGUCAACCCGUCUUGUUCAUCCGACAAGAACAACAUCCAUUGCAUCCACCCUAAAUAAGAAUAGAUGCACAAACCUCUUUCUUGCUGCCGAAGGUGGGCUUUACCUUUUCCAGCCUAAUCAGCAGAAAGAGGGAGCAACGCCGACUCUCGUACUCCCCUCAUUCCCCGUGUGUGGAACCAACACGUUUGCUGGAACGUCGACCCUUCGAGCAGGUACUGUUGGCAAAAGCACGGCUGUGUGGGGUCUGAACCCUCAGCAAGAUUUGGUGUACACUACCUGUCCUACUGGCCACGAGGCAGAUCCUAAGAUGUGGUCGGCGCCCAUCCGUAUUUGCUCCAAAGUUUUACAUUUUGCAUUUUACCUUAAUAUUAAAGCCUCCAUGAAUAUCCUCUUUGCACAAGUUGAGGGAGGAAAACUCUUGCAGUUAACACAGGAUCCUGGUAUCAGCACCUGGUGCCAGCGAAGUAUUACAUUGCCUACCACAUAUUUGGACGACGUUGUGGAAUGCACGACAUUCACCAGCCAUGUUAGGAUCACUGAUGACAAUGGAAUGCUGGCUAGCGAGAAACCCGUAUUUAUUCGAUCAACUCAGCCAGUGUCAGUGUAUAUCAAUAACGUCUACUUUAAGCUCGAUUCGAGUUCAUCUGUAGAGGUGAAGACAGAUGCAACUGGCUCUCUCGCCAUAAUCCAGGAGACUAAUUCCCUUCCUGCAAUUUGUCUACAAGUCAUCUGUGAAGAUCAAACCGUCAAACUCGACCCCCAGUCCAAACUUAUAGAAAAACUUUCGGCUGUUACUUCGGGGAAUGAUCUAACUAAGAUUCGUAUUACAGAUGCGCAAGGAGAUACUCACCCAUUGGUCUCCCCCGAUGUAUCAGACAAUGAUAAGCAAGUGGUUGCAUCAUGUGUAUCUCAGUUAUUAAAGGCUAGGUCUACCCUUCCCUCUGACGGGUCCAUAAAAGCAACCACCCUCGAGACCAGGGCCUCGAUGCUGGAGGCAUCCUACUGGGGAGUAGCUCGAGACACAAAGACGAAUGCUUUACGCUAUGUUGAAGGGGACAAUUCAUGCCUAAGCCUAUUGUUCAAUCAAACAGGCUGCUCCUCUCUGCCAGUGGUGGAGCUUGUGGCAGAUGACGCUCUGGGUGCAAUCUCAACCGCAGCUGGAGACCUUUUUAAUUUCCUCAGAAGCGUCUGGGAAAAUGUUGAAUCAUUCUUCGUGAAAGAAAUAAACGGGAUUUCCCAGUUCUUUGCCUGGAUCGGCGGCAAAAUUUAUACAACUGUCCUUGACUGCCUUACUGCUGUUAGCGAUGCAAUCGAAUUUGUAUUCAAACAUAUCAAUGUCUCUUUUGAAAAAUUGGUAGCCUGGCUAGGCUUUUUAUUCAAUUGGGAUGACAUCCUCCGUACACAUAGGGUGAUCAAGAAUGUCCUCAGGCAAUACACCCGGAAACUGGUGGACGAGGUGGACAAUUUAGAGGACCAAGUACACCGGGGGUUCGAGGAGCUAAAGCAAAAUAUCCAUUCCUGGGCUGAUCUACCAGACUCUGGGCAGACAGUCGCUGAACAGCAGAGAAACGCUCCAGAAGUGCCGGGUUCAGACAGCCCCCAGUGCAACUGGGCGCUCUAUCAUACCGCCAACGCAUUUCCAAAGACAGAUCAAAACGUUCAUUAUGAGCGCAGAGAGGCAAGUAAUGCUGAUGGAGACUGGCAACCUCUCAUAAACACUUUAGAUGAAGAGAAGAAGGUGAUCAUGAAUACUGGGAAACAAAUUAAAGAACUAGCCGGCCAGAUCCAAACAAUGUCGCCGAUCAAGAUCAUCCAGAAGAUCAUAGGAAUAUCUGGGGAAUUUAUAGUGGGUUCAGCUGAAAACCUGGUCCUCGAGCUGCUGGAAGGGGUAAAGCAGGUCAUUAAAGGCAUCUGGGAGCUGCUCGACGCUCCGUUAGAAAUUCCUAUCAUCUCGCCUAUAUACAAGAUGAUUACCAAAGGAGACACUCUCUCCUGCUUGGAUCUGGUCUCUCUGAUUGCAGCCAUACCCGGGACGAUUAUCUUCAAGCUGCUGACCAGCCACACACCUUUCCCGAAUAACUCUUACACUCGAUCUUUAAGUAUGGCAUCCAGCUUCUCUGAGAUAUCAUCUUUACUAUCCGAGGAGCAGUCAUCAUAUUAUUUGAUGUCUUCCCUCCAAGCGGAGAAGCAAGUCACGCUAAAAUUGACUCCCUAUCAACAAUUGACAGGAGUACUCAAGCUAUCCUCGGUCCCUAUCGGCUAUGCCUCUCUCUGGUUAGGGUUUUACAAGCGGGCGGUAGGUAAUACCAGCAGCCCAAUUCGGGGGAUCUCGGUGGCCCUUUGGGUCGCAAAUGCCACACCGGCCAUAUCAGCCAAUUUCCCAACUCCCAGCGGGUGGACUUUGUUUGGCGACGGGAUUAUGACCACUGGGUUUAUAAAAAUCAUCGUUGACAAUUCUGGCCUGUCUGUCCGGCCCUGGAAGGAUUACAUUUCUCCUAUUAUGACUGCAGUGCUUGGGUUGCUGGGGCUUUUCCCCUCAAUUGGCGGGUACAUUGCUAAAAAGGGACAUAAGACUAGUGACGGUCUCGCCCUAACGGCGAGCAUCUUCUCUAGUGUCGGUAGUGUGUUAUACCUUGGUACCCUUAAAGAAUUUGGACCGGAAAUUGUUGCCACAAGUAUCGUCUUAUCUUCGGGCUGUGCUGUCAUCGGAAACUCGGUCUCAACCAUUUCGGGAGUCUCCUUGCUCUCUGGGGCUUAA